UGUGUUAUUUCAGUGAAGAAAGAAAUCAUGUUUCUAUACAUUGGUUUGGUUUAAUUGGUACCAUGGAUGGAUUUUUGAAGAAGCCAUUCUCUAAAAUGUCCUGUCAACCAACUGUUGCUCAACCUGGACCUAAGAAGGAAACAAGCUGGGGAAUGCAGAUCAGUGUUUUGAUUAAAAAUCAUGAACCUGUCCUGCUCUGAGAAUCAAACGUCCAUCAAGGAAUUCAUACUACUGGGAUUUGAAAAUAUCAAGCAAGAAAAGAGUUUCCUUUUCAUCCUCUUUCUAACCAUGUAUACCAUCUGCUUGUUAGGAAAUUUACUCAUAAUUGCUGUGGUUCUCUUAAAUCAGGCACUCCAUACCCCCAUGUAUUUCUUUCUCGGCAACCUCUCUUUCCUAGAUGUCUGUUACAUCUCCGUGACUGUACCAAAAAUGUUGGCAGACAUUUGUGUUGAAUCCCCAAGCAUUUCCUUCAUGGGAUGUGCAGCACAAAUGUACUUCCUUGUCACUUUAGUGGGCACAGAGGGAUUCCUUCUGGCAUCUAUGGCUCUGGACCGUUUCUUCGCUAUCUGUCGCCCAUUGAGCUAUACCCAGUUCAUGAAUAAAUGGACAUGCCUCCAGAUGGCUACCAUAUCCUGGAUUUGUGGUUUACUCAAUGCUUCCCUCCACACAACACUCACGUUCCAUCUGUCUUACUGCCGAACUAAUGGGAUCAGCCAUUUUUUCUGUGACAUCCCUCCACUGCUGAGUAUUUCUUGUUCAGACACAUCAGUCAAUGAAGUCGCUCUUUUCACUGCAGGCGUGUUUGUUGGACUUAGCCCUUUUUGCUUCACUCUAGUCUCCUAUGCUUUCAUUCUUCAUGCCAUUCUGAGUAACCAACAAAAACGGCAGGGUCACAAAGCUAUUUCCACUUGUGUUUCCCACUUGGCAGUUGUGAUUCUGUUCUAUGGCUCAGGCAUCUUCACUUAUUUCCGUCCUACCUCCAGUUACUCUCUUGAAAGAGACCAGCUUGUUGGGGUUCUAUACAAUAUUUUAACCCCAACACUCAACCCCCUUAUUUACAGUCUGCGGAAUAAGGAAGUGAAAUUGGGAAUGAGAAGGUUGAUGACAUUUCAUUAUGUUCCUAGUUUAGUGCGCUGAACAUCUGAUGAGGGGUUUCGUUUUAUUUUUAAUGAUUAUCCAGGCUUUUUGAACUUAUGUUGCUAGGUAGCUAAUUGUAAUGUUUGUAAAAUUAUAUGUUGUGUUUUAAAACUUGAAUGUAUAAGCAUCUGUUUUUGUAAGCCACCUUUGUUUUGAAAGAUGAAAUGCAAUGCAGUAAAUAAAUGAAUCAAAGUU